AUGGCUCGCAAGAAAUCAUCACCUGAGGACAAUGGCAGCUCAUCCGCGCCCAGUGUUGCGGCGCAGUCCGCUCAGAACCAAUUGCAGAGCUUGGCAGAAAAGAGGGAUGCGGUCAACGAAGAAGCCCUGGCGCUCGAGCGCCGCCGCCGCGCUCUCUGCAAGCAGAGCCGGGGAAUCGAACACCGCAUGCGUCUAGCUAUUCUCCGGAACUUCAUUAGCGAAUGCCGAGAGCUCGCCGGGAAAGUUCAUGCUUUGCUCCCGCUGGAGCUUAGAGACCGGGUCUAUGAGUAUGCUUGGGAAGGAUACGAUGCCUCUCGCCCUUGGCGCGGCCCCAAACGGUCCUACUGGACGCCCUGGGUGCUUCCGGAAUUUGUUGGACACGGGGUCGCCAAAGAAGCAGCAGUGGUCUACUACCGUGUCAAGCCCCAUGCUCUACCCUUCAGUAUGCCCGGCGGAGUAGAGACCUUUCUCACUGUCGACCGCUUCCACCUUGGCCUCAACCCGGGAGAUCAUAUUCGACACCUCGAGAUCAGGAUUCUCGCACACUACAAUUACGCUAUGCUUAAGACCAACAUGGAAGCCUUGCGGCAGCUGCGGCUAAUGAACGGGUUCCGGCUCCGCAUCACUUUGGAGGGCCGUGUCACGGAGCACUUACCGAAGGUGUUGCGGGCGCUCGUGCCAAUGUGUCAAGAGCUGAAAGAGGCGGGUGCGAAUGUGCAAGUCUGGGAGGCUCAGUAUGCGUUGGAGAGGAAGCGGCUUCUGGAUCUUCCGGACCUGCUUAACUCGAUGGAGGGAUGA